AUGGUUGACACCUUUGAAGAUACACCGCAACAGCAAGACAACUCCAUGGAUGUGGACGACUCGCCACAAGAGCAGGAAGCCUUCCCCGAUGAUUUCCCGGAUGAUUUCCCCGAUGAAUCCGAUAACACAGAGAGAGAAAACCAAACCGGUGAUUCGAAACCAGCCUCACCCUAUUUCAAGGAAAAUUAUCCCAACGCUGGUCGGGUAUACAGUGUUGGUAGCACUUUCAUGGAGAAGUUCAAUCAGGACAAAAAUGCCGACAAGCGAAGAUUAAAUGUGUUUUAUCCAUUUGCUUCGUCUCAAGAGUGGGAAUUGGCACUCUUUCUUUUGCGUUCCCAAAUGAGUAUGGAAAAAAUUAAUAAAUACCUCAAACUGAGGAUAGUGAAAUCACAAUCCUUGUCUUUCCGUUCCGCCCAGGAACUUCGAAAUCGGGCAGAAAUGUUACCUUCAGGCCCCGCUUGGAAAAGUCAGAGAGUGGUACCAGCGGUUCCUACACAAAAGCCUGUAUAUCUUUUCUAUCGAAAUCCUGUGGAAUGCUUGCAGGUCCUUAUUAGCUCUCCCCUCCUACUCGAUAAAAUUCAUUUUACUCCCUUUCGCUUGUGGGAGUCUGCAGCAAAGGUUACGCGGGUCUACACUGAAUGGUUGUCAGGCGAUGCUGCGCACUUUAUGCAGGAUGAAUUGGAGGAUGGCGCAACACUUAUUGGGGCUAUCAUUUCCUCCGACAAAACAUCAAUCUCUGCACAAACAGGCAAUCGACAGGCACAUCCUUUACUUAUUAGCAGUGGAAAUAUAUUUAUGGACGUGCGUAAUAAAGGAACAGGCCAUCAUUUCAUUCUUCUGGCCCUUCUUCCUAUCCCGAUUUUUCAUCAUCCACAAAGAAAUAUCCGCGGAAUGCUGGAAGCUAGACUCACUCACGAAUGCCUCGACAUUGUACUCGCCCCUUUGAAAGUAGCAGCGGCAGUUGGAGUCAUGAUGUCUGACCCCGUCGGAAAUGUAAGACGCUGUUACACUCCACUCGCAGCCUAUAUCGUGGAUACUCCCGAAUCAGCUCUAAUUUCAGGGGUUGCGGGGAAAACAUUGUCACUCACCAUGGCACACAACAAACAAUUUGGAGACCCAUUUCGCCACCCGCCUAGGACAGGACUUUCGACCCUCAGGGCCUUACACAGCCUAGAACAGCCCCCAUUGAACCUCAAUCCUUGGGAGCUUGAGACCUACCGUAAGGCUGCAUUCGAUAAAUUUCGUCUGAAUGGUGUACAUCGCCCAUUUUGGCGUGAUUGGCCAUUGUCAGACCCUUCGGUCUUCCUCACACCAGAACCCCUCCACCAUUGGCAUAAGCUUUUUUGGGAUCACGAAGUGAAAUGGUGUAUCAAUGCUGUUGGUGGCGCCGAAUUAGACUUUCGUUUCAAAGUCCUUCAGGGCCAUGCUGGUUUUCGACAUUUUAAGGAAGGGAUAUCAUCACUGAAACAGGUGACAGGCCGAGAACAUCCCCCGGUCAUCGACGAAGAACAAUGCACCAAAAUUUCAAAUGCUCUCCAAGGAUUCCACCAGUAUAAGAAAAGUAUCAUAGAUGCUCGUGCUCGGCGCGGACAAAAGGGCAUUGGAAUCAAUCACUGGUUCAUUCCAAAGCUAGAAAUUCUUCAAAGCGUAGUACCCAAUAUUAGGUGCAACGGCGCUGCGAUCCAGUGGUCAGCGGACACCACAGAACAUGCGCACAUUGAAUUGGUGAAAGAGCCCGCCUCAGCCAGCAAUAACCAGAAAUAUGAAGCUCAGAUAUGCCGCUACCUUGACCGAAUGGAAAAACUCCGUAAUUUUGACCUUGCAACAUCAGUUCAAAUGACGGGUCUUCAAUUUGGCAAUGCGCCACCACCUCAAGAUGACUCUGACUCUGGCUCUGGCUCGGACUUAUCUGAACUCGAGGACCUUGAAACUGGUCCUACCGUUAAAACCGUGGAUGACCUCCUCCAUUACCUCAACUACUAUACACCUUACUCCGGAUCGCAAUCACGCGAAAUUGCCAACUAUUUCCAGGACGCGAGAUACUUAAAACAAUCUUCCCCAGGAAUCUAUCCCUAUCCACUCAGAACGCAGCAAAUUUCAAAAAACGUGGCAUUUCAUCUGUCCCGUGAUUCUAGCUAUAAACGAAUGUCAAUCCAGAAGGUUGCCCAAAUGUUUAACCUCCCAGAUCUACAAGCAGCACUUGCAGACUACAUCCAGAAGGUCUCGCGUAUCGCCGAUACUAAUUUUACCGGAAAUUCACAGCCUCCAAGUGGCCACAUAGACUAUAUUGGUGGUCGUCGAUAUGCCUCUAUGGACUCCAUUCUGCCGGUCAAAACAUUAGAGGUGUGGGAGAAAGUUUGUUUACAAUCCACUUCAUAUUUUUAUCCACAUAACCGUCUUCCUCCUGUAACCAUGCGUGCCUUUCCACCCUCAGAGAAACAUCCUUGCGGUCUCUUUGAUUCCGCGAUUGCAAAUGUGGACUUGGACCACACAUGGCCACAAAGUGGUCUGAAAGGCCAUAUUGUAGUCGACGUUCGUUUUAUUUUUCGUGCAGUUCCUACGUCACCAAACACGGCAAUACCAUAUGUCACUGACAAGUUUCUCACAUACUCCCAGCGCUUCGAAGUCGUCCUUCAACCAGCCGCCUCAGGAUCGAGAGACCGCGGUCUUUAUCCAGAGCCGUCCACAUCAAUGUAUAUUUUGAAACGAAGCAAGCGCGCAGAUGGCAAUCCUAUGGCCGACAUCCUCCCAUUGGAUCAACUUUGCGCUCUCGCAGACCUGACCCCUCGGUUGGGGGUAAAAGCAAAUCCUGUGCUUAACACCAAUAACAGUCACAGUUUAAGCCUGGAAUUCCGCUUAAACCGGUAUUUUACAAAAGAGUUUUAUUGGGCUUUAUCAUCAGGCUGGAACUCUCCUCCUUAG